AUGCCGAAGAUUCCCUACAAGGUUGAAAAACAAAAUGAAGAGGACGAUUAUGAGAUUGUUUCAUUUGAAGAUUUUUGUGACAAACCUCCCACUGCGAAAGAAGAUUUAUUGACUCUUAAUGAUAAUAUUAACUAUCGCUUAUUUUAUGAAAGUGGUAAAGAAAGUAAAUUAAGGGAUGCUGGAGAAGGAUCUGGUACAAAUGAGAUAUUAACAGAAACAUCACUGAAUGGUCCCAAGGCUCCAAACAAAAAAAAGGCAACAUUUGCGCCGUUUUGUAGAAGUGACAAAUCACGCAGAGUACCUUUGUUUAGCGGCAUUAAACCUAAAACAAGGACUGAUGAUUCAAUGCGAGAACAUAGAUAUGAGAGGUUCUCAUCACGGCGUGGCUGUUUAAAUCUUUGGUGGGAAAAAGGAGCAGCAUUGUUACCAGGAAUGCUUGUGGGCGGUUUGCUUUGUGCUCUGGCUGUGGCUACUUGGUGGGCUGUGGCUGGGGCACUUGGUGGGAGAUGGGGUGAUGAUCAUUACAGAAAACUAUGGGAGCGAGUUCACCCUGAAGAAGUAAAAAAACCACUUACGCCAAUGUCAUUGGAAAAGCCCGUCAUCACCGAAUACCGUUACCACGAUCACAACAACUUAAGCACCAAGAACCGAAGCAAUGCGACAGAUAACACGAAGAAAGACGUGAAGAAAGGUUUCCUGGUACAUUCACCCGAGGUGAUGAAGGAACUUUGUGCACGAAUUGUUGAUGAUGAGAUGCGAUUCGAUUGCCAUCCGCAAAACGGGGCGAGUGAGGAAGCAUGUGUCAAACGAGGUUGUUGUUGGAAAGCCACAGACGACCCAUACGCGCCAUAUUGUUUUUAUCCGCCGCAAUAUGAGACAUACCAAUUUAUCAAUAGUACGGAAAAUAAACACGGAAUGACGGUUUACUACUCCCGAUCGUGUGAUACAGGAUAUCCGGAACAAUUUGGUGUUGCCAGGAUCGAUUUUAAUUAUUUAUCCAACGAUAUAUUGCAGAUUAAGAUAUCCGAUGCAGAGAAUAAAAGAUUUGAACCACAGUAUCCUGAAGUGCCGACGGUCUACAGUUCGAUUUCGGACAUAAAAUAUCGCGUUAAUGUUGAUAGCUCCGCUGUGGGCUUCAAAGUUAUACGGAACGCUGAUAAUGUUACCAUCUGGGACGCUCAAAACACGGGUGGAUUCAUUUUAUCGGAUAAAUUCCUACAAUUGUCAGCGGUGCUACCAACUAAUUACACGUAUGGUAUAGGAGAAAAACAAGCUAGUUUUCUAAACGACAUGAAUUGGAAAACUCACACGCUUUUCAAUAACGACCAACCGCCUGGUGAAAAUAUUCAUUUGUAUGGAUCUCAUCCCUUUUACUUGGGUCUAGAGACGAAUGGAAAUAGCCAUGGCGUUCUGCUACUCAACUCCAAUGCAAUGGAUAUAGCGCUGCAACCGACGCCGGCCAUAACCUACAGAGCUAUAGGGGGUGUUCUAAACUUCUAUAUAUUUAUGGGCCCGAGCCCGGAGGAUGUUAUUGCUCAAUAUAUGGAAAUUAUCGGGAAACCAUUCAUGCCGCCAUAUUGGGCUCUCGGAUUCCAUUUGUGCAAGUAUAACUAUGGAUCGUUGAACGUGACUCGAGACGUUUGGCAGAAGAAUAGAGAUGCUGGGAUACCAUUCGAUGUUCAAUGGAACGACCUGGAUUAUAUGAGUAAAGGCAACGAUUUCACGUACGACAAGGAAGCCUUCGCCGGUUUACCGGACUUUGUCAAGACUGUACACGAAGCCGGCAUGCAUUACGUUAUAUUGAUUGACCCCGGUGUAAGCGCCGCGGAAAAUCCUGGCGAAUAUCCGCCAUUCGAUCUGGGACUCGAAAUGGAUGUUUUCGUGAAAAAUUCUACUGAUAAACCCUUUGUUGGAAAAGUAUGGAACAGAGUAUCCACGGUGUGGCCAGACUUCACACAUCCGAACGCGUCCGCGUAUUGGAAAGAAAUGAUGUCGGACUUCCAUAGAAAAGUUAACUAUGACGGCGCUUGGAUUGAUAUGAAUGAGCCCUCAAAUUUCCUAUCUGGUUCGAUGUAUGGUGAAUGCAGCCCCGAAGACCUGCCUUACAAGCCCCAGAGCAUAGCCGACAACGGCUUAAAACAUAAGACAUUGUGUAUGGACGCGAAGCAUUUCGCCGGAUCGCAUUUCGACGUACACAAUAUGUAUGCGAUCAGUGAAGCUGUGGCUACGAAUGCAGCCCUGAUCGAAAUUCGUGGAAAGCGACCCUUGACAAUUUCCCGCGGGUCCUCUCCCGGAAUGGGGCAUUACGCGGGACAUUGGAGCGGGGACGUUUUCAGCAAAUGGCAUGACCUCAAGGCUUCUAUACCACAACUGCUAAGCUUCAGUCUCUUCGGUGUUCCCCUAAUGGGGUCAGAUAUUUGCGGAUUCAUUGGGGACACGACUCCAGAGCUCUGCAAGCGAUGGAUGCAGCUGGGCGCAUUUUAUCCCUUCUCCAGGAAUCAUAAUAGUGAUACGUCGAAGCCCCAAGACCCAGUGAGCUUGGGACCAAUUGUGGUAGAAGCCAGCAAACGCGCCCUUCGCAUGAGAUAUCGACUCCUUCCGUACUAUUACACGUUGUUCUGGCGAGCCCAUACUGAUGCUACCACCGUAGCUAGGCCUUUGUUCUUUGAAUUUCCAAAGGAUAAGCGAGUCUACAACAUUGAUACUCAAUUUAUGAUCGGCGAACAUAUAAUGAUAUCCGCCAUUUUGGAUGAGGGGGCAAACACAACGAAUGCGUUUUAUCCAGGUCCGAACCCAUGGUACGAUCUUAAUACUGGAAAGCAGUUGGCACUGAACUCGUGGAAGACUAUUAAUGAUGAGGAAACGGUCGCUGUAAAGGGUGGUGCCAUCCUUCCAUUACAAGAUCCGCCAGCUAAAGGUCCCGUAACUACUGGCAACACUCGCAGCUUGCCCAUACAGUUACUGCUCGUUCCCGAUACGGCCGGGGUUGCCAGGGGCGAAUUAUACUGGGAUGACGGGGAUAGCUUGAACAGCUACGAAGAAGAGAAAUACAGCCAUAUUAUAUUCAAGCUAAAGGAAAACGAAUUGAGCAGCUUCAUCCAAUGGUGGGGGUAUGGGGUACCCGCCAUUAACACCAUCAGAGUACUGGCUCAAAAUCUCAUCAAAACCGUCACAGUCAACAACGUCUCGACCAGUUUUACGUACGACAAACCGACGAAGGUGUUGAAGAUCGACGUUAAUAUCAAUUUGGAUAAGCCUUUUACGGUUAAAUGGACAAAUAAAGCCUCGCAAAAGAUAUAA